AUGAGUUGCAGGGCCGUCAUGAGGCUUUCGUAUUCCUAUCGUUGUAAGAUGGCCACCGAAGUCGAUGACUGCAAACGCAUCAUAAACUUCUUCAACUACUUCAGGAUGAUGUACUGUUCAAUUGACAUUGAUAGCAAAACAACGGAGGUCCUGUUCAUGUUCGUUUUCAUAUUCCUUUGUGUUGUAUUCCUGUGGCUGAUGUCCUACGGUGUUAGUACCUACUUUUCGCCAGUCCUGAAGAUAAUCUCCUUGAAGAUGCACAUGAAUGAGUACCUUGCUGGUGUUACCUUCCUGGCAUUCGGAAACUGUAGUCCUGAAAUAAUUGCCAACUUUAUGCCCGUAAGAGCAGAUGCACCGAUCUUCACCAUAACUGUGGGUAAUGCCCUGGCCAUCAUACUCCUUAGUGGAGGAACGGUGUGUUUUCUAAGGCCCUUCAGAAUGAACGGCCAUUGCAUUAUGCGGGAUCUUUUGUUCCUGCUGUUGGGCGUGGAGGUCCUGCGACUUGUGAUGGCCAAGGAGGGAUCAGUGACCUUGUGGGAGGGUAUCGUGCUUUUUCUAAUUUACGUUUGCUAUGUUGGCAUCAAUGUCGCCGAUUUGGUUAUGAUGCGAUUUUACAUCAGAAAACUUCGAAACGAAAUCAACUACCUAACGAAUCUAGAUCCACCACCGACCAAAGAAAUAGAGAAAAAGCUGCGGAAACUGACAUCCUGGGAGCAGGAGGAUGACAUUCAGAUAAAUGACACCACAAAGUAUCGCCGGUCAAGGAAUUCUGGAACACAUUUCUCGGAAAUGACAACUUCCGGUUAUUUUGUCACUCCCAAGCCGCAAACAAGGCCCGAAAACGUUGAUCACGAAGCCAAUCGUACUAACCUCCAUAAUGCCGAAAAUCCCAAAAAUCUUUUACUCUUUACGGAGUUCUUGCAUUCCCUCAAUCCCAUUGAUGCCGAAGCCUGGCAGUUGGGUGGUAAAUGUAAUCGUCUAUAUCUUAUAGUCAGGAGUCCUUUUGUAUUUUUACUGCUGAUCUUUAUACCCGUGGUGGACUAUGAGAAGGACAAGCAUGGCUGGAGCAAGUUGCUCAACUGCACGCAGAUUGUGACGAACCCGUUUGUGGUCAUUACCCUGGUGCAUUCGGCUGUGACCAGUAUCUACCUUACCUGGCAUAUAACCCUUGACUUUAGUAUAUCCAUGUGGACACCAUGUCUGACCAUACCACUGGCCCUUGUGAUAUUUUGGCAUUCCCGGACAGAUGUCCCUCCUUUCUAUCACCAUUUCCAUGGUGACCCUGUGGAUCGCCGUCACCGAACUGGAAGUUCUCUCGGAGAUUGUGGGCAUUGUAUUUAA